AUGGCAGUGACAGCGUCCUCUCAGCAAGCCGUGUCCUCACACGAGAGAAUCAAGGCGUACCCAUUGCGAUCUCGAACCUCGAAAAUCACUCGCGUUGAAUCGCUUAAGCUGUCUGACCUAGGUUUAUUCGAAAACGAUGCGAUCCCUGGAUGUUUAGACGCUGGCGUCUUUGCUCGGAGCAAUCUGUCGAGUGAACGCUACGGACUGCGUCACAGAAGCAAAAUUUACUAUGGCGAGGAUGACGUCAAUCAUAACGAGGGCGGGGUUCACGGGGUUCAGAGGCAAACAGAAGACUCUACGAGUCCCUGCGUCCACAAUGAGGAGCGUUGCCAUCAGCGGGAGGACAAGGAGGAGGAGGAAGAGGAGGAGGAGGAGGAAGAGGAAGAGGAAGAGGAGGAUGGAGCGGAAGACGAGGAUAAGGACUCAGGCGAUGAAGAAGACGCCGAUGAAGAAGACGCCGAUGAAGAAGACGGUGACGAGUCUGAGUCGGAGGAUCGUAAAGAAGAAGAGUAUGACGAGGAUGGAGACUACGAAGAGUGUGACGAAGAGGAGCAUAGUGAGGACGACAGUGAAGAAGUUGACGAUGACGAGUUUUAA